AUGUCUUCGCAGAAGCGCCAGGGCGAGGAGCUCGAAGGCGACAUCACCUUCAUCGCGACUCCACCACAACCGCCGCCAAAGUUCGGCACCGGCGUGGAAUGUGGCGUUGAAGUCACCAAUGUCCCAACCAUCCAUAAUGCCCCCUUGCCUGCUGAGGGUCCCGGAAAUGAGUCUUUCUCCAACUACAUCCUGGGAGCGCUCUUGCUGGGCAUCCCGAUCUUCGUGGCCCGCAGCCUCGGCGGUGGCUUGAAGACCACCAUCUUUUUCUUUCUUGUCUUGCUCUUCCCCAUCCUGAUCGCCGUCUGGACGGUGGCGUCGACCUACUCGCCGCGCAUCAACGACAAGGCUAAGCUUCCCGGCCGUCCCGUUGAGCACUACAUCACCUUCAAGAAGCAGGAGGACCGCCAGCGAUGGAGCGGCCGCAACAAGAUCCCGAUGAAGACCUUCUACGAGAUGUACUUUGACGGCGACGUCGAGUUCAACGGCGACUGCCUCGAGAUCAUGGAGUACCGCCAUGACUGGGCCAACUUCUCAUUCACCUGGCCCCUGUUCCACUUCAUCAUCUUCACCUUCUUCAAGGACGUGCUCUUCCACUCGCGUGAGCAGGACGAGGAGCAGAUCCGCCCCAACUACGACCGCGGCAACGACCACUACUCGUGGUUCCUCGGCCCCCGCAUGGUCUACACGAGCGGUAUCUUCUCUGACCUCACCCGCGAGGAGACGCUCGAGGAGAUGCAGGACAACAAGAUGGCCAUCGUCUGCGAGAAGCUCGGUCUCAAGGAGGGAGAGUCGAUGUUGGACAUCGGCUGCGGCUGGGGCACGCUCACCAAGUUCGCCAGUGUCAACUACGGAGCUCACGUCACAGGUGUCACCCUCGCCCACAACCAGGCUGCCUGGGGUAACGACGCCCUCCGCCGCGCUGGCGUCCCCGAGAGCCAGAGCAACCUGCUGGUCAUGGAUUACCGUGACAUCCCGGCCAGAAAGUUCAACAAGAUCUCCCAGCUCGAGAUGGGUGAGCACGUUGGUAUCCGCAGGCUCACGACGUUCUUCCGUCAGUGCUACGACAUGCUUGAGGAUGAUGGCGCCAUGUACGUCCAGCUCUCUGGUCUGCGUAAGGCUUGGCAGUACGAGGACUUCAUCUGGGGCCUGUUCCUGAACAAGUACAUCUUCCCUGGAGCCGACGCCUCCACGCCGCUUUCUAACUACGUCGGUUGCCUUGAGGCUGCUGGAUGGGAGAUCAAGAGCAUCGACACGGUUGGCGUUCACUACUCAGGCACACUCUGGCGCUGGUACCGCAACUGGCUCGGCAACGGCGAGGUCAUCAAGGCCAAGUACGGCCAGCGCUGGUACCGCAUUUGGGAGCUCUUCCUGGCCUGGUCCACCAUUGCCUCCCGCCAGGGCAGCGCCACCUGCUUCCAGAUGCUUGUGGUCAAGAACCUUAACGCCACCCACCGUGUCAAUGGCUUCGCGUCCCAGUUCGGCCUGACCGGCGCCCUUGCCGCGGCUCGCGCUGCCGGAAAGGCGGUCUUCCCCAAGUAA